AUGGGUAGACGUCCACGCCGUCCACGCCGUUCAGAAAACGCAGGCCCUAACCCUAAUCGUCGAGGCUGGACUGCCGAAGAAGAUAUGCUUUUGGCUCAAUGCGUCACAAUCCAUGGCGAGACUGGUUGGACAUCCAUUUCUCAAAAAGCAGGUCUGAUGAGAUCCGGGAAGAGCUGUAGAUUACGGUGGCUGAACUAUCUUCGUCCUGAUAUCAAGCACGGAAACAUUUCAUCCGAUGAAGAGGAACUUAUCAUUAGAAUGCAUGGGCUCCUUGGCAAUAGGUGGUCGCUGAUAGCAGGUCGACUUCCCGGUCGGACGGACAACGAAAUCAAGAAUUACUGGCACACUCAUCUCGCCAAGAAGAACCUGUCAAAUAAAAACGUUGGUGAGAAACAAAAAACAAAGGAAAAGCAUGCUCUACCUGCAGCUGAUGGUUUGUUGAAAGUCAGUCCAGUUAAAACAAAAGCGCUGAGAAUAUCAAAGGGUUUGAAGACAUAUGUAGGCAGUGGAAGUUCAAAUCAUCAAACUACUGAUCGAGCAAAAGCAGGGAACGCCUCCAAUACUGAAGAGUUCAAUUUACCGCUAGAAGAAUUCAUGAAAGACCGUGAUUUCGAUAUUACAGACUGCCGAAUGCUGCAACAACUGGGAUCUCCGUCUGUGGAAAUUAAUGGUCAGUUUUCUCCAGAAGAUUUCAGACUCGAUGCGUUUCAGGGAGGUCCUGGUAAUUAUUUGGAUAUGUAUUCUCUCUAUUAUAACAUGGAUCAAUUUGAAAAUUUUGCAGAAGCUGACUAUUACAAAAUGGAAGGAAUCUAUGAUAGUAAGCAGGAUAAUGGUUCGGUGGAUGAAUUGCAAUAUUUACAGCUGUAA